CAGAGAGCUGAGAAGAAACAGCAGCCCAGGAGAGCAAAAGCUUUGCUGCUGGUGUUCUUGGUGGAGUUUUAGUGAAGACUAUCAUUUGGCAGCAAGUACGAGUUGAAAAAUGUUGACUUCCCCAGAACUGAAGGGCCUUGUCCCCUUUACGGCAGAGUCACUUGAACUUAUAGAAAAUCACAUUGCUAAAAAAUGCAAUGAAGAGCAUGAAGACGAAGGUUUAAAACCAAGCCCUGAUUUGGAAGCUGGCAAAGAACUUCCAUUUACCUAUGGAGCCCUUCCUUGUGGAACCGUGUCAGAGCCCGUGGAAGAUGUCGAUCCGUACUACUACGUUAAGAGAAAUACUUUCAUGGUCUUAAACAGAAACAGAGUUAUCUUCAGGUUCAAUGCCGUUUCUAUCUUCUGCACACUGUCGCCUUUCAGUUCACUCAGAAGAGCAGCUAUCAAGGUUUUGGUGCAUCCUCUUUUCCGCCUGCUAAUUUUAAUUAGUGUCCUCACUGACGGCCUAUUUAUGUCCAUGAGUAAUCCACCAGAAUGGAUAUCAGCAACAGAGAAUACUUUGCUUGGGCUUUACACAUUUGAAAUACUUGUAAAAGUCAUUGCAAGAGGUGUGUGGGCAGGGUCAUUUUCCUUCCUAGGAGAUCCCUGGAACUGGCUGGAUCUCAGUGUCACUGUGUUCGAACUCAUCACAAGGUUUUCACCGGUAACCACUCUUUUAAUGCUUGAAACUAUAAGAACCUUGAGAAUUUUGAAGAUUAUUCCCUUGAACCAAGGCCUGCAGUCUGUUGUGGUGACACUGGCCCAGUGUUUGAAGAAACUACUGGGUGCCAUUGUCCUAACUCUGUUUUUUCUGACUGUGUUUUCACUACUCGGGAUGGGUCUUUUCAUGGGCAACCUGAAGCACAAAUGUCUGCGAUGGCCCCAAGAGAAUGAAAAUGGUACCCUGCACAAUAAAACUGAAAUCCAGUCCUAUAUUCCAGAAAGAGAAAACUUCUACUAUUUGGAAGGCGAGAGAGAUGCCCUCCUUUGUGGCAACAGGACCGAUGCAGGCCAGUGUCCCGAAGGUUAUGUGUGUGUAAAAAAGGGCACGAAUCCUGACUAUGGCUUCACGAGUUUUGACAAUUUUGGCUGGGCCUUACUUGCUAUGUUUCGAUUGAUGACCCAGGAUUAUCCUGAAUUACUUUAUCACCAGAUCCUUUAUGCUUCAGGAAAGGUCUACAUGAUAUUUUUUGUUAUGGUCAGUUUCUGGUUUGCCUUUUAUAUGGCAAGUUUGUUCUUGGGCAUAGUCACAAUUACCUAUGAAAAUGAAAAGCAGAGAACAUCUAAGAAAUCCGAAGACACAGAACCUAAAUUUCAACAACCUGGGAAAGAACACGAGGAAAGAAUGGAAACAGCUGAGAUGAAAACUACACAAAUAGAAAUGAGGAAAAGAUCACCAACUUCUAUAAACACCACAUUGGAUAUACUGGAAGAAACUUCGCUUGGACACAAAGAAGAACCAGAAACAUCCAGGAAGAAAUGCCCACAGUGCUGGUAUAAGUUUGCUAAAACCUGCUUCAUCUGGAAAUGCUCUCCCUGUUGGAUAAAACUGAGCGAGUUCGCUGAUAGAAUCAUAACACACCCAUUUGCUGAUCUUUUCAUUGUUAUAUGCAUCAUUUUAAACAUCUGUUUCCUGGCUCUAAAACAUUUUCCAAUGAGCGAGGAGCUCAUGUUUCUCCUCAUCAUUGGAGACUUGGUUUUUAUUGGAAUUUAUACGAUAGAAAUGAUUUUGAAGGUAAUUGCUCUGCAUCCUUAUGGGUAUUUCCAAAUAAGCUGGAAUAUUUUUGACAGUUUGAUUGUCUUUUUUGGAUUAAUGGAAAUUUUACUAACAAAUAUUGAAGGAAUAACAGUUUCUAUGUUAUACCCGUUGAGAUUUGUUAAAUUGGGAAAAUAUGGGCCGCCAUUUAAGACUUUGAUGCGUAUCCUUGGUAACACAUUGGUGGCCCUGAAAGACUUGGUUCUGCUGCUGUUCAUAUUCAUUUACUUCUCUACUGUGUUCGGCAUGAAGCUGUUUGGUCAAAGUUACAAAGACUGUGUCUGCCGCAUAGACCAAGACUGUCUACUCCCACGCUGGCACAUGAGCGACUUCAUCCAUGCCUACAUGAACGUGUUCCGAAUUCUCUGUGGAGAGUGGAUAGAGACAUUAUGGGACUGUAUGGAGGUCGCUGGAUUGUCUUGGUGUAUUCCUUUUUACAUGAUGCUUAUUUUAAUUGGAAAUUUAUUGAUACUUUACCUCUUUGUGGCAUUGGUGAGCUCAUUCAGUUCAUAUGAUGCUACAACGGAAGUGAGCCAAGAAGCCAAAAACAUUCAACUUGCCAUGUCCAGGAUAAAGGGAGGAGUAAACUGUGUGCUUAUGAAAAUAUUGUGCAAAAAAAGGACCACUGCUACAGAAACAACAGACCAAAGGUGUGAUGCAAGCAUUAAAGAGAAUAUUUCUGUCCACACUCUUUCUGAAGUGAGUGACACACAAACAUUUCUCAAAUAUAAGGAAAAGAGCAGUGGCACAGAGAAAACUCCAGUGACUGAAUCUGAGAGCCAGUCACUGAUUGCUAGUCCCAGUGCCUCAGAAACUGUGCCAAUUGCUUCAGGAGAAUCUGAUAUAGAAAAUCUGGAUAACAAGGAGACUCGGAGCAAGUCUGGGAAUGGAGACAGUAAAGAGAAAAUGAAGCAAUCUAGUUCAUCUGAAUGCAGCACGGUUGAUAUUGCUAUCUCUGAAGAAGAAGAAAUGGUCUAUGAACAUGAAAAGUCAAAGCUUCACAAAAAUGGUUAUGAACGAAAAUCUUCGCUUGGUCAACUCAGUAGAGAAUCCAGGAAUGGAAAGAUUUGGAAGAACAUAAGGAAAACUUGCUGUAAGAUAGUAGAGAACAGCUGGUUUGAAUGUUUCAUCGGCCUGGUCACUCUGCUCAGCACAGGCACUCUGGCUCUUGAAGAUAUAUAUAUUGAUCAGCGAAAAACCAUUAAAAUCUUACUGGAAUAUGUGGACAUGAUAUUUGCUUACAUCUUCAUUCUGGAGAUGCUUCUCAAGUGGGUGGCUUACGGCUUUAAAGCCUAUUUCUCUAACAACUGGUACAAGCUGGACUUCCUGGUUGUUAUCGUGUUUUGUCUUAGCUUAAUAGGCAAAACUCGAGAAGAUCUGAACACACUUGCCUCCGUAAAGUUCCUUCGAGGACUCAGAGUUCUCUCUCAGUUUGAAAGAAUGAAGGUGGUUCUGAGGGCCUUGAUUAAAACAACAUUGCCCACUCUGAGCGUAUUUCUGGUCUGCCUAAUGACCUGGCUGCUUUUCAGUGUUAUUGGAGUACACUUAUUUGCUGGCAAGUUCUAUGCAUGCAUUGACCCAACAAGUGGAGAAAGAUUCCCUGUGUUUGAGGUUAUGAAUAAGAGUCAAUGUGAAAGCCUGGUAUUUAAUGAAUCGAUGCCCUGGGAGAAUUCAAAAUUUAACUUUGAUAAUGUUGGAAAUAGUUUUCUUUCUUUGCUCCAAAUGGCAACAUUUAAUGGAUGGAUCAGUAUUAUGAAUUCAGCAGUUGAUUCUGUUGGUGUAAACAUGCAGCCUAAUUUUGAAUACAACCUCUACAUGUAUACUUAUUUUAUCAUCUUUGUGGUCUUUGGAUUAUUUCUCCCACUGUGUAUGCUGAUCGGUGCUAUUGUCAGUAAUUUCAACAAGCAAAAAAUUAAGCAGGGAGGAUCAAAUAUGUUUAUAACAGUGAACCAGAAAAAACAGUACCGGUCACUGAAGAAGCUCUUGUAUGCAGACUCUCAGAGACCAGCACCCCGCCCCAUAAACAAGUUUCAAGGCUUCGUUUUUGACCUAGUAACACAUCGUGUCUUUAAUGUUAUCGUCAUACUUCUUAUCUGUUUCCAAGCAACAACCAUUAUGAUACAAAACGAUGAGCAGAGUUCACAAAUGGAAGCUGCUGUCUACUGGAUGAACUCCAUUUUUGUCAUGCUGUUCACUCUGGAAUGCAUACUGAAGCUCACUGCCUUCCACUGCCACUAUUUCACCAAUGCAUGGAAUGUUCAUGAUUUUAUGGUGGUCGUUUUCUCCAUUACAGGACUGUUGCUGCCUAUGACAAUCGGACAAUACUUUGUGCCUCCUUCACUUGUACAACUGAUACUUCUCUCUCGGGUCAUCCACAUCCUGCGUCCUGGGAAAGGACCGAAGGCGUUCUAUGAUCUGAUGCUCUCCUUGAUGCUGUCUCUCCCAGCAUUGCUGAACAUUAGUCUGCUCAUCUUCCUGGUCAUGUUCAUCUAUGCCAUCUUUGGAAUGUACAACUUUGCCUAUGUUAAAAAAGAAGCUGGAAUUAAUGAUGUGUCCAACUUUGAGACCUUUGGAAGCAGUAUGCUCUGCCUCUUUCAAGUUACAAUAUUUUCUGGUUGGGAUGGGAUGCUGUAUGCCAUUUUCAACAGUCAGUGGUCUGACUGUGAUCCUGAUAAAAUUAAUCCUGGGACUCAGGUCAGAGGAGAUUGUGGGAGCCCUUCUGUUGGGAUUUUUUAUUUUGUCAGUUACAUCCUCAUUUCAUGGCUGAUCAUUGUUAAUAUGUACAUUGUUGUGAUCAUGGAGUUUUUAAGUAUUCCUUCUAAGAAAAAAGCCAGGACCUUGAGCGAAGAUGACUUUAAGAAAUUCUUCCAGGUAUGGAACAGGUUUGACCCUGAUAGGACCCAGUACAUAGACUCCAGCAAGCUUUCAGAUUUUGCAGCUUCCCUUGAUCCUCCUCUUUUCAUGGCAAAACCAAACAAGGGCCAGCUUGUGGCUUUGGAUCUCCCUAUGGCAGCAGGGGACAGGAUUCACUGCCUUGACAUCUUACUUGCCUUUACGAAAAGAGUCAUGGGAAAAGAUGAGAGGGUAGAAAAAAUGCUUUCAGAGAUAGAAUCUGGGUUUUUGUUAGCGAACCCUUUCAAAAUCACGUAUGAACCAAUCACAACUACCUUGAAACGCAAACAAGAGGCAGUGUCAGCAACAAUCAUCCAGCGUGCAUAUAAAAGUUACCGCUUAAGGCAAAAUGACAAAAACAUAUCAGAUAGCCCUAUAAAAGGUCAUGACCGAGAUGAUCCUGCCUCUAAGAGUGUCUAUUCUGACAAAACUGAGGAAAAAACGUCUCUUCAAACCCAGAUCUAGUUGCACUUCACACUUCUACUUUCUUCACGCGUCCCCCAACCUCUAAAAGCUUAACUAAGCAUGAGCACUGAUCACACAGCAGAGAUAAUGGUCACGUGUAUUAACGGAGGCUACUGUCGUGUUUGGGCUGCUUAAUUUUUUUUUCUCUACAUGGCUUGUCUGGCAUUUACUUCCUUAAAGUGAGAUUGUGCUUCAGAAGUAGGAAGAUACUGCAUUAAAUCACAAACAUUCACAAACAAAUACUGCCGGGUGGAAGGGGAAAAUGCAGUUCUUCAGAAAGUGCCUUUCAGUUCUGUCAUAGAGACUUCUGGGCUAAUUUACAAGAUAAGUUUCUUAAAAUGUUUGAUUGAAAAUCAUCUUUGCUUUUUUUCUUCUUGUUUUUUGAUAUGUUUGGUUUUUUGUUUGUUUGUUUGUUUUGCUGCUCUUUGUUAGUUUAGAUAUUAGAUAUUUCGUUGUUUUGGGACUACUGGUUCCUCAUUGUGCUGGUAACCAAUACGUGAGCUCUAGCUCAGCAACAGAUGGGGCCUUCAGAGCAAGAAGCACAGAAGAAAUUACACUUUAAGUACAUUUUCUGUAUUUUCUUCACAUUUAUUCCAUUUUAAAAGUACACAUUACGAAAAGAAUAUAAUAGAGAUAAAUGUUAAUGGACUAAAGCUUUACCUUAUUAUUAAAAACGAUGUAUUUUUUACCAUUUCAUAGCUGGUGCAUGCUAUCACAUAAAUUAGAAGAGUUGAGGGCAGCCAGCCUGUAUAGGAAUUUUCAGUGCCCUGACCAUUAAUUAGGAAACUGGUCUCUUAAAAGUUCUUUUCAUUGCACUUUGUGCUUCUUGUAACUUAAAAAAAAAAAAAGUAAUCUGUCAAACAACAAGGACUGUGAACUAAGAGACAAAGGUUUUUAAGUUGGUGUUUUAUGACAUCGUUAAAUGCAAAUGAGUUGUAGUGCUCAUUUACAUUUUCCUUUCUUAUUUGUUGUAUAAAAGUCACACUAAAAGUACUCACUUAAAUGUUUUAUAUUUGAGAAUCUGU